GAAAGCAGCACAUGACUGAAAGCUUAUAUACCAUAGACAAAUCUCAUUUCACCAAAACUCCAACUUAAAACAAACAAAAAAUGCUGAAUGUACUUAGAAAUCCUAACCUGACCUUUGGCCUUGUGAUUUGCUUUGUCUUGACCGCUUCAAGACUAUGUUCAGUCAAUUCCUCAGUGUAUGACCCACACAAAACCCUGAAGCAGCGGUUCGAGAAUUGGCUUAAAACCCACAGCAAAUUAUAUGGAGGAAAGGAUGAGUGGAUGCUACGGUUUGGGAUAUACCAGUCUAACGUCCAGUUGAUUGACUACAUCAACUCCCUCCACUUGCCCUUUAAGUUAACGGAUAACAGAUUCGCGGACAUGACCAAUUCAGAGUUUAAGGCCCAUUUUCUCGGCUUGAACACGUCUUCCUUGAGGAUACAGAAGAAUCAGAGGCCGGUUUGUGACCCAGCAGGCGAUGUACCAGCUGCUGUGGACUGGAGGAAACAAGGUGCUGUGACUCCUAUUAGAAACCAAGGAAAAUGCGGAGGUUGCUGGGCAUUCUCUGCAGUGGCAGCUAUCGAAGGCAUCAACAAGAUCAAAACAGGGAAUCUAGUGUCUCUCUCAGAACAACAACUGAUAGAUUGUGAUGUCGGUACUUACAACAAAGGGUGUAGCGGUGGACUAAUGGAAACAGCAUUUGAAUACAUAAAAACCAACGGUGGACUCGUCACCCAGACAGACUACCCAUACACAGGCAUAGAAGGUACCUGCGACCAAGAGAAAACCAAAAACAAGGUAGUUACGAUACAAGGAUUCAAUAAGGUAGCCCAGAACGAAGGGAGCCUACAAAGCGCUGCAGCUAAACAGCCAGUAUCAGUUGGCAUUGACGCUGGUGGAUUCAUCUUUCAGCUAUACAGCUCAGGUGUUUUCACAAGUUACUGUGGAACAAAUCUCAACCAUGGAGUGACUGUUGUAGGAUAUGGUGCAGAAGGAGAUCAAAAGUACUGGAUUGUAAAGAAUUCAUGGGGAACUGGCUGGGGUGAAGAAGGCUACAUACGUAUGGAGCGCGGUUUGAGUGACGUGACCACUGGCAAAUGUGGCAUUGCUAUGCUCGCAAGCUAUCCCUUGCAGUGAGAUUCCACAAAUGUCUUGUGCAAUAGCGCAGAGGC